AUGUUAAAGAUACGCCAGUUGCAGAAGAAAAAGCAAGAGGAGGCUGAAAGGCUUGCCAAGUCUCAAUCUCCAACACCCACCCCAGGUGAUUCAACGACCCCUUCCAACGAACGAGUUUCACCAGCGCAAAUUCGUGUGCAAAAGGAUAUCUCUGAGUUAGAUUUACCUUCAUCAAUAAAAGUGACAUUUCCAAACCCAAAUGAUCCUUUCAAUUUCAAUUUACAAUUAAUACCACAAGGUGGAUACUACAAAAACGGGAAAUUUGAAUUUAAAAUCGAAAUAAACUCAAAUUUUCCGAUCGACCCUCCAAAAAUCAAAUGUUUACAAAAGAUAUACCACCCAAAUAUUGACUUACAAGGAAAUAUAUGCCUUAACAUUUUGAGAGAAGAUUGGUCACCUGUGUUGAAUUUGAACGGAGUGUUUAUGGGAUUGAAUAUUUUGUUUUUGGAACCUAAUCCAAACGACCCACUAAACAAGGAUGCAGCCAACGUUUUAGUAAAGAACAAGAAACAAUUUGAAAGGAAUGUUUAUAAUUCGAUGAGAGGCGGUUAUCUUGAUCUGGUUUACUACGAUCGUGUCAUUUAA